AUGGACCGAGAGAGACACGAGGCCGCAGCGGCCGUCAAGGCGGCUGCGAAGAAGAAGGCACGAGAGGGCGACCUAUCGUUCGGCACGUUUAACAUUUGUUCGGCGACCGGCUGUGAUGUGAUCGGACUUCAGGAGACCCGACGAGAGGAGCAAGGNGGUUCAAUUGCACACGACGGGUACGUGAUCAUCUGGAGUGGCGCCCGUGCUGGCACGAAGGACAAGAGGGGCGUACGCGGUGUGGGCAUAGCGAUCAAGGAGGCCAUGUGGGAGAGUGUGGGCGAGGACGGUAGGACGGUGGAGUGCAUUAGCCCGAGGCUGAUGAAGGUGCGUCUACAAAUUGGCCGCACCUGCGGAGUAACUUUCGUGGUGGGGUACGCCCCCACGGAAACUGUCCGCACCACCGCGGGCGGAGAUGUGAACGCCAAGGACUCCUUCUGGACUGCUCUCGACGCAGCGAUCCGGGAGGUUCACAGCCGUCACCAUCUCGUGGUGCUAAUGGACGCCAACGCACGCACUGGUAGGAGGCGAGACGGGUGCUGCGAUGCCAAGAUUAUGGGCACACGGACCGGCGUUUCGUNCAACGGGGAACGACUUCUUGGACUGGCAUCAGACAACCAGCUCUCCCUGACCAACACCUACUUCCGAACACCGAAAGGUGGAGUGCAGCACACAUUCCAAAGCUCCAUCAAGGGGAAGGAAAAGUACCGCCUCGACUUCAUCCUCAUGCGUCAGACGGACCGGCGUUUCGUGCGUAAUGUCUCCGUCAAACGUGUCGAACGUGUCGACUUGAAAGACUCUGACCACAACCUCGUGCUUACGACUGUCCGCCUCCCCCCCCGUGUCGCACCCAACCGACGAGUGCGGGGGAACAGCCGAAGCAGCCGGAUCCGUAUCGACCUCGAGCGGUUGAGGAAGGACAAACACCUACGGGUCGCCUUCCAAAACAGGGCCUCCAUCCGCCCUCCGCCCACGGCGCUCAGGCGGCCAACGGGAGAGACCGCCGCCGAGCUGACGGCUACGGCUGGUACACGGGCGAAGCGCAGCACGAGAUCUCCGAAGCGUGUAAGGAGAUCAAGGCGGCCCAGCAGCAACUGCGCGGGGCCUCAAAGAACAGCGCCUACGACCCUGAAGGCGAUGCUCAAGGCGGCGCGUCAGAAGCGCAGCAUCGCGAGGUGGAGAGCACUGGAAACGUUCUUCGAGGGCUAUGUACGGCAGCUCGAGAAGAAGAGCCGCGAUGGGGAUCAGGCGGGUUUCUACAAGCACCUGAAGAUGAUCGACUUCGAAGGUAAGAGGUCGUUCACCUCUCAGAACAUCAAGGACGAGAACGGCGAGGUCCUUCGGGACCCCACGUUUAUUCGCCAACGGUGGGCACGGUGGUUCCACAAGCUUCUCAACACUAAGUCGCCGACCAUCAACCUGCAUGCGGCUGACAAGAUCAAGCGGUGGCCCACGUGCGUGCCACACCACGACAUCCCAUCUCUACUUGAGGUUGAGGAAGCGGUACGGGAAAUAGCCAACAGAAAGGCCGUCGGGCCGGACGACCUACCGGCUGAGCUGAUCAAGCUUUUCCUGGACGGAGAUCAAGGUCUCCUCCGCGAAUUCCACGCCAUUGUCGUGGACGUGUGGCAGACAGGGGGAGUAACACAGCAGUGGAAGGAUGCCACCAUCAAAAUGCUGUUCAAGAAGGGGGACACGAUGGAGUGCGGCAACUACCGGGGCAUCUCUCUCGUCGCACACGCCGGCAA